AUUAUUGUGGAUUUUCAACCGUUUUGAUCGAUCAUGCCGGGUUCGCUUUGUUUCCACUGAGCUUGCUUUCCAUGGCGACUAUAAACAAUUCUUCUUUCUCCCACACCAUUUCACUAACCGAGUUUAUAAAAUCGAAUCUUCUCUUCUUCUUAACCCACGAAGAGUUUAUGAUCCGGAGACUCUACAGAUCUUCUGCAGCAUAAUCGAUGGCGCAUUUUAGUUUGAGCUCGUCUCUGAUUUUUCGGAUUUACGCUCUUUUGCUGCUAAUCAAUGUCUCCCUCGCCAAAACGCUACAGCGAGACGUGAAAGCGUUGAAUGAGAUAAAAGGUUUGGUGGGAUGGAGAGUGGUGUACUCUUGGGUCGGAGAUGAUCCUUGCGGCGAUGGACAUUUGCCUCCUUGGUCCGGUGUUACUUGCUCCACCGUCGGCAAAUACCGUGUCGUCACCAAGCUAGAAGUGUUUGCAAUGUCGAUAGUGGGGACUUUCCCAACGGCUGUAACGAGACUCUUAGAUCUCACUGUUCUGGAUCUGCACAACAACAAAUUGACUGGCCCUAUUCCUCCACAAAUUGGGAGGCUUAAGCACCUUAAGUCACUAAAUUUGAGGUGGAACAAGCUUCAACAUGCCCUGCCCCCUGAAAUUGGUGGACUGAAGAGUCUAACUUUUCUGUACCUGAGCUUUAACAAUUUCAAAGGAGAAAUCCCCAAAGAACUUGCAAAUCUCAAGGAGCUCCAGUACCUACAUUUUCAAGAGAACCAUUUCACUGGGCGUAUUCCAGCAGAGCUAGGAAAAUUACAAAAGCUUCGCCACAUGGAUUUUGGCAGCAAUCACUUAGUGGGGAAUAUAAAAGAUCUUAUACGCAUAGAAGGAUGCUUUCCAGCUCUUAGAAACCUGUUUCUAAACAAUAAUUACUUCACUGGAGGACUCCCAAACAAGCUAGCAAAUCUAACAAACUUAGAGAUCUUGUACUUAUCUUACAACAAUAUGACUGGAACAAUACCCUCUGCACUUGCCAAUUUACCAAGACUAACUUACUUGCACUUGGACCAUAAUCAAUUCACUGGAGGAAUCCCUGAUGCUUUUUACAAGCACCCGAUCCUAAAGGAUAUGUACAUAGAAGGGAACGCGUUCAAAACAGACGUGAAGGCGAUUGGUGCACAUAAAGUCCUCGAACUUUCUGACACAGACUUCAUCUUUGAAAUGGAUAGCUUGAUCAAGCAAACAAGGAGGAAGCAUCCAACUGCCCAGGGAAAAACUGGUGAGGUUGGUAGCUCCACUAGAGAGAAGAAAGUGCCAGCAAGGAAGUCUGUUUCAUUCAAAGAAGAUAAGAAGAAGCCCUCAAACUGGUUACAGAAGCAGUUCUCGAGGCAAAUGAGCGACCAAAGCUAUGACCCGAUCAGCGACAUGGACCACGCAGCUGCAGUUGCAGCCACUGCUUAUGCCAUAACCACUUUUGAAGAAACUUGGCUAGAGAGUUAUCAUAAUGGCCUUGAACAUGGAGCGUCUUUGUCAAGGAGCAAGAGCAGAAAAGAAGAUGAGUUUCCUUUAGAGGAACCGAGAAGCUUAUCAAGAAGAUUCUCAGGACAACUUUCAUUUUUUGAACCAGAGCUAAAUGAUAACAAACUUCCAACGCUGAAGUCUCCAGUGAGAAAGUCGCCGUCGGUCAAAAAGACUCCGACGUUUUCCAUGAACUUGAGAGGUGGUCACACCAAAGAGAGUGAAGACUCAGGGGAGAGACAUGAAAGACAAAGAAAACCAAUAAUUUCUGAACCGACAGCUCCGAUUCGGAUUCAACCACCGGUCAGGACACGAUCAGAACGUCGUGCUCCACCACCACCGCCUCCUCCUCCUCCUCCAUCACCUCCGCCUCUACGGCUUCCACCUAGGGAGAUCACAAGGCAGAGUUCUGGUCAUGCUAGUCGAAAAGAUGAUUCUACAGCUGAUGCUUGGGAAAAAGCUGAACUAGCUAAGAUCAAAGCAAGGUACGAGAAGUUAAACAGAAAGAUCGAUUUGUGGGAAGCGAAGAAGAGGGACAAAGCUCGAAGGAAGCUGGACAAAUCUGAGAGCGAACUAGAACAGAGGAGGAAGAGAGGUUUGCAGAGAUUUAGGGAUGACACGGAAUACAUCGAGCAUAUUGCUGCCGGAGCAAGAGCUCAGGCGGAGAAACAAAGGCAGAACGAAGAGUUGAAGGUGAAGGAGAAAGCCGGAAUUGUCCGUAGGACCGGUAAACUCCCUGGAAAAGCAUGUCUCUGUUUC